AUGACGUCGAGGCGGUGCCCGGGGGCGACGAGCCUGACGGUGACGGAGGACCGGUUCGGCGUGCUGGAGGACGAGCGGACCGGCGAGCGGCAGGCCGUGCGCCGCUUCGCGCUGGACAGCGGCCGCGGCCUCUCCUUCCAGGUGGUCACUCUCGGCGCCGCCGUGACCGCGCUCUCGCUGCCCGACCGCCGAGGCGCCGUCGAGGACAUCGUGCUCGGCUUUGACAGCCUGCGAGACUAUGUGGAGCACUCGGCGCUGUCGCUGAGCGGCGUGAUGGGCCGCGUGUCGGGGCGCGUGGGCGGCGCCAGCUUCCGCCUCGGGGAGAACAUCCACUUCGUCACCGAGAACGACGGCCACCACCACCGCGACGGUGGGGUCGCCGCCUUCCACAAGGCGCUGUGGGAGGCGAAGAUGCUGGAGGACGGCGUGCUGCUGAGCCACGUGAGCGGGGACGGCGCGGGCGGCUUCCCCGGCGCCGUGCUGGCCGAGGUCUCCUACCGGCUGCCGCGCGACUCGGUGCUGCCGGAGCUGUGGGUCGACAUGACGGCCGUCGCCACCGCGCCCACGCCGCUCGACAUGAGCCUCGCGCUGCCCUUCAAUCUGGCGGGCCACGAUGCCGGAGAGCCUGCGCUGAAGGACCACUUGCUCACGCUGGAUGCAGACCAGUACUUGGCAACCACGCGUGACUUCAUACCCACAGGGCAGCUCUGGUACGUGGGUGGCACUUGCCUGGACUUCCGGAAGCCCGUGUGGCUGGGUCUGGCAAUGCAGCGGCCACCAAUCGGCGGGUUGGAGCACACAUUCUGCCUAACCCCAAUGCCGCCGCAAGAGCGACCACGCUUUGUUGCCAGAUUUAAACUGCGAAGUCUUCUUGUGGAGAUACCUAAGGAGAGGUCCGAGAAAGCCUUCUAA